AUGGCCAAAACCAGAGACCUCGUCCCCCUCAUCAUCCUGAUCGUCCUCGUUGCCAUUAUCGCGGCCGUCGGAUUCGUGGCCUACACAAUCGCACACGAUGUCGGGCACAAGACGCGGCAGAAACUUGAGAGGAAGAACGUUUCGUUCAGUCGUGAUGGGAUGAAAGUCUUGGUGAAAGAAGUGUCACGGGAACAACAGGAAGAUGCGGCGCAGAGUGUAAUAACGAAGAUAUGGAACAAUUCCAAUUGGCCAGCGUAUCAAUCUCCGUUGCUGGGAUGGGGACAGGGAAAUAAGACGCCUUCUGCGACACCUGGAACGGAGAAGAGAAACCCGUUUCCGCGCUCAUCGUCCUCUUCGCAAUCUGUUCCUAGUCUCUCGCGACACGGCUCGACUCAGAAUAACCUUGCUCGCACAACAUCUGCGCAGGUUCCGCUGUCGAGGACCACCUCUUCGCAAAGCAGGACGUAA